AUGGAAGAAAUUGAAGGAAUGGAAGUAUUGAAAUCACAUUUAGGACUGACUUCGAAAAGUUCUGGUGCAAAUCCUACCGCCGAGGAAGUGGAGAAUAAUGAUUUGUCUGAUAAAAGUGUGAGCAACGAAAUUGAAGAGGAUUUAGAAGAUGAAUUAUCCGGAGCUGAUUUCAAUAUUGAUUUUGAUGUUAACGGCGUGGAAGACAUUUGGAAAAUCAAUUUAAAAAAUAUGAGCAUUAAAGAUGUGAUGAAAUAUCAUUUUCUAAAUGUGGAGGUGGCAUUUAUGUUUUACAAUUGGUAUGCUGGUAUACGUGGUUUUGCAGCAAGAAAAAGCAAGAUAUUGAGGAAUAAAAAUGGUGAAGCAACACAACAAACAUUUUUGUGUUAUAGGCAAGUCUACAGGGAAGAAAAAGUUGGAAGCAGUAGUCGAAAGCGAGAACCCAAGGCUCAGACGAGAUGUGGUUGUGAAGUGAAUUGUCGAGUUCAUAUUGAAAUAACUAUUGGAAGGUGGUACAUUAAGUAUUUGAAUGAUUGUCACAAUCAUACUUUGGUUGAUGAAAAAUAUUUGGGGAUGUUACCAGCUCACAGAAAGAUAACAGAUUAUGACAAAUUUCAGAUGGACAAUAUGAGAAAGGUUGGCAUUAGGACUACACACAUGUUUAGGUUGUUUGCUCAUCAAGCUGGUGGAUAUGAUAAGGUUGGAUUCCGCCAACGUGACGUGUACAAUGAAGUCGCUAAAGAUAAGAGAAGUGAUUUUUCAGAUGCAGGAGCUGCACUUGAGUUUCUUGCAACCAUGUCUUGUAGUGAUGAAAUGUUGUUUUGGAGACAUAGUAUUGACGAGAAUGGAAGAUUGCAACAUUUAUUUUGGUGUAAUGGCGUGUGUCAUAAGGACUAUGAAGUAUUUUGGGAUGUACUUGCAUUUGAUGCAACAUAUAUAAAGAACAUGUACUUGUGUCCACUAGUGGUGUUUUCAAGAGUAAAUCACCACAAUCAAAGUAUUGUGUUUGCAAGUUCCAUAGCUGGAAAUGAAAAAGAAGAAACAUAUGUGUGGCUAUUGGUAAUGUUAGUUGAAGCAAUGAGAGGUAAAGCUUUGACGUCGGUUAUAACUGAUGGAGAUAAGGCUAUGAUAAAUGCUAUUAAAAGAGUUCUUCCAAAUUCCCACCAUAGGUUAUGUGUGUGGCACCUAUUAUGCAAUGCGGCUACUAACAUUAGCAAUACUCGGUUUAUUCCUAAGUUCAAACAGUGUAUGUUGGGAUAUUAUGAGAUUGAUGAGUUUGAACAGAAGUGGGAAAAUUUGAUAGCAGAGUUCGGUUUGCAAGGAAAAACAUGGGUUUUAGACAUGUAUGGAAAACACAAUAUGUGGGCUGCAUCUCACAUAAGAGGCAAUUUCUUUGUUGGGUUUAUGACGACCUCUCGAUGUGAAGGCUUGCACUCCUUUUUUGGAAGGUAUGUUAACUAUGAGAAUAAUUUACUAGAGUUUUUACAACAUUUCUUUUGUGCCAUGAGUUAUACGAGGUACAAAGAAGUUGAGGCAGAUUUUUCAUCAUCAUAA